AUGAAUUAUUUACAAAACAUAAUAGACCGCCAGUUAGGGAUAUUUUGCCGUUUUAGCUACGAUAAUAUUUUGAAACGGUUGCUUGUUGAUCGGGAUGAAUCUUUUUAUGCCCUACAAACCAAUACUUUGGCAGCAACCUUUGAGCAAGAUCCACCCAUUUUCGCCUGUCGAUUUUCGGAAGCCGCCGGUUACGAACACAUUUUAGCACUCGCUAAUGAAGAUGGUAGAGUUGCUAUACAGGUA